UAUGUAUAUAUAUACCAGAUACAAAUCACAUAUUUAUGUGGUAAAGAGGGUGACACCCCAAUUGUGAAAAUGGGUAAGGUUGUUUUUCCCAUCUCGGCCAUUCAAUUCAUCAUCUUCUCUCUUCUUCUGCCUUCAUCUUCCCUGGUUAAAGUUCAGGGAGACCAUAUCGAUUUCGUAAGAACUCUAAACAAGAAGACUCUCGAUCUCCAAAAUGAAAAGCUCAGCCAUUUUCGAGUUUUCUGGCACGACAUUGUUACCGGAUCCGACCCGACAGCCAUCCAAAUCCUUCCUCCAGCAAACAACACGAAAUUCUCAUUCGGCAAGGCAAGAAUGAUCGAUAAUCCCUUAACGUUAAACCCUGAACUGAACUCGACGCUAGUGGGAAGAGCUCAAGGGUUUUACGCUUUCUCUUCGCAGCACGAGAUCGGGUUGUUAAUGGCGAUGAACUUUGCUUUUACAGAAGGGAAAUAUAACGGGAGUACGAUAACGAUAAUGGGUCGGAACACGAUAUUUUCAGAGGUGAGAGAGAUGCCGGUGAUCGGAGGAAGCGGGCUUUUCCGAUUUGCGAGAGGGUAUGUGGAAGCUAGAACUCAUACGAUCAAUACGACGACGUCUAAUGCUAUUGUUGAGUAUAAUUGUUACGUAUUGCAUUAUUGAACGUAUAGUUUUUAUGUUUUUCUUGAGAAUCACGUUUCAAGUGCCUUCCGAGUCAUGCUUUGUCUCACUCUUCGUGAUAAAUGUAGGGUUGGUUGGGAUAAUUAUUUCCGAAACAUGGGUUAGGUUCGAUAUACAUACGUAUACAUAUAUACAUAUAUGUGUGUAUGUAUAUGUGUAUGUAUAUGUGUAUGUAUGCAUGGGUUAGGCAAGAAAUGAUUAUGAUUAGCUAUGUGAUUUAUUUAAAUAUUCUUUAUUGAAAGCUCUUUACUCUAUU